CGGCGUCGGACUGGAGCCGAGCGGCGGCGCGAGCUGCCUGGGGCGCUGUCGUGAGCUCGCCCUUCGGGCCCCCACCCCUGAGCUACACCCUGCCGUGCCCAGCUCUGCCCGCGUCCGUGCCCCCGCGGGGAGCGCGCCGGGGCUGCCCCCCGAAUGACGGGCGGAAGGUUCGACUUCGACGAUGGCGGCACCUACUGCGGCGGCUGGGAGGAGGGCAAGGCGCACGGGCAUGGCAUCUGCACGGGGCCCAAGGGCCAGGGCGAAUACUCGGGCUCCUGGUCGCACGGCUUCGAGGUGGUCGGCGGCUACACCUGGCCCAGCGGCAACACCUACCAGGGCUACUGGGCGCAGGGCAAGCGGCACGGGCUGGGGGUGGAGACGAAGGGCAAGUGGAUGUACCGGGGGGAAUGGUCACAUGGUUUCAAGGGGCGCUACGGGGUCCGGCAGAGCCUGUGCACCCCAGCUCGCUACGAGGGUACCUGGAGUAACGGGCUGCAAGACGGGUACGGCGUGGAGACCUACGGGGACGGAGGUACCUACCAGGGCCAGUGGGCCGGCGGCAUGCGGCAUGGCUACGGCGUGCGCCAGAGCGUGCCCUACGGCAUGGCCACGGUGAUCCGCUCGCCGCUGCGCACCUCCCUGGCCUCGCUGCGCAGCGAGCAGAGCAACGGCAGCGUGCUCCACGACGCCGCGGCCCCCGCCGACAGCCCGGCCGGCACCCGCGGCGGCUUCGUGCUCGACUUCCACGCCAACGCCGACCUCUCAGCCGGGAAGAAGAAGGGCGGCCUCUUCCGGAGAGGCUCCCUUCUCGGAAGCAUGAAACUUCGAAAGUCAGAAUCUAAAUCUUCCAUCUCGAGCAAGCGCAGCUCGGUCCGCAGCGACGCGGCCAUGAGCAGAAUUAGUUCCAGCGAUGCCAACUCAACCAUUAGCUUCGGCGACGUGGAUUGUGAUUUUUGCCCCGUGGAAGACCACGUUGAUGCCACCACCACGGAAACCUACAUGGGCGAGUGGAAGAACGACAAACGCAGUGGUUUCGGCAUCAGCGAGCGCUCCAACGGCAUGAAGUACGAAGGCGAGUGGGCAAAUAACAAGAGGCAUGGAUACGGCUGUACCGUCUUUCCUGACGGAUCCAAAGAAGAGGGAAAAUACAAAAAUAAUAUUCUGGUCCGUGGAAUAAGGAAGCAGCUUAUACCAAUAAGAAAUACAAAAACUCGGGAGAAGGUGGACAGAGCAAUCGAAGGUGCGCAAAGGGCAGCCGCCAUGGCAAGAACCAAAGUGGAAAUAGCAAAUUCAAGGACUGCACACGCGAGAGCUAAAGCUGACGCCGCCGACCAGGCCGCACUGGCUGCCCGCCAGGAGUGCGACAUUGCGAGGGCUGUAGCCAGGGAGCUGUCACCUGAGUUCUACCAACCAGGUCCUGAUUACAUCAAACAAAGAUUUCAGGAAGUUGUAGAUACUAAAGAACAUCCAGACGGAAAGGUACCCGAAAAGCCACCUUCACCAAAGGAGUCUCCUCAUUUUUAUCGCAAAGGCACGACACCCCCCCAGUCUCCUGAGGAAAGUCCCAAACAAAGCCACUCUCCCCAGCCGUCCUCACCCAUGAGGAAGCAGAACCCCAGCGCGGGGCCAAGACUCAACCAAGACAGGAAGGGUCUGGCCGAGGAGCAGGUGACGGCCUUUGUCAACAAGCCCCUGAUGGCAAAGGCUCCCACAAAAGAGGCUGGGGCAGUCGUGCCCCAGUCCAAGUACUCUGGCCGCCACCACAUCCCCAACCCCAGCAACGGGGAGUUGCAUUCUCAGUACCACGGCUACUAUGUGAAACUGAACGCGCCCCAGCACCCUCCAGAAGAGGCGGAGGAGGACCACUCGAGGCCUUCCUCAGCACUGGUGCACAAGCCGCCACCCAAGUGGAGUCCCCCUAAAUCUGUGACAAAACCAGUCGCCAAAGAAAGCAAAGCUGAGCCAAAAGCUAAGAAGUCUGAACUUGCUAUACCAAAGAAUCCAGCGAGCAACAAUUCGUGCCCUUCUUUGGAAAAAGAAGCCAAUUCGGGCCCUAACUCAGUCAUGAUUAUCCUGGUCAUGCUGUUGAAUAUCGGGUUAGCCAUUCUCUUUGUUCACUUUCUAACCUGAUUGGAAUAAGUUACUUAAUGAUGUAACUGUUUUGACCCUUCAGUGAAGUCAUGACAACUAGUGAAGUUAGCCCACAGUUCUCUGCAGUGGUGUCAUCCGCCUUUUAAAUGGCACACCCCAGUCAGACUCAGACACAGGGAAGGAGGCUUGGAAGUAGGAUGGGAGCACGAGAGAGAUGACACUUGGAAAAUUCAGCCAGAGGACCCGUUCGGUUCCCCAGGGAAUGCUUUGUGGCUUUGGGGUUCGGUAAGAGCUGAAGCCAGGAGCCGUGUCGGAGAGCAAAACUUAAUAAUAAUUCUUUUUUAAAAUCUGCUGAAGCAGCCCUGUCCAGCGAAGUUCUUGGCAUUGGCUACUCCAUCUGUCCUAGCAGAGUAUGACUAAACUGGAAACGUAUGGAGCUGCUUUUUUUUUUUUUUUUUUGAUGGAAGUCAACAGCUGCCUUACUAUUUUACCGUCUGACGUUAUUAGUAGGGAGCUGGGAAAACGACUGCCCAAGGAAUGCGGUCGGAGGAUUGUGUUGCCGUGGAAGUGGUUCCAACGUUCACUCCUAUCUCAUUAGAAGAAAUAGGUAGCAGCAUCACUCACCAGUCUUAUGCCGUGACCUGCUGCUUUAACAUCUCCUGGAACGUUCUGGGAGAGAAUGUUUCAUUUGCUUGUGCACGACUUUGUUCAUUUUUGCUGUUUAUUUAAAUAUGAUGUAUAUCAUCUACCACACACAGUCCCAGCCAGAUGAAACACACUUGCUGCAUCUCGAAGAAAAGAAACAACAAAAUUCUAGUGAAAAUGAGUCUAUUUUAAUACCAGUACAUCAUUUUUCAUGUCAUUUAUUCUUCCUAAAUCUGUAAAAGUCUACUUAUCUUUAGCAAUGUGACAGCAUAUCUUCCUAAGAAAUAAUUUAGUUUUAAAUAUUUAAUACUACCAAGGUGAAUUAUUUAUGCACUUAGGAGGUGCUAAGUUUUAAAAGUUGAAAGACAGCAGAAUUCUCAAAAAUAUAGUCAAAAUUUUGCAUGGAUUGCAGUAAUCCAUGUUUAAAGGAUUCAGUUUCACUGCUGACGUACUUUACAACCAAAUAAAAUCUUGUCAGUGGCUCUGUUAAUUCCCAGGAAAGUUAAGCAAGAUGCUAUUAAUAGCUGUUCUUUCUUUUUCCAACUUAAAUUUCUGUUGAAUACAUUCAGGUAGACCAUAAAGCUUUCUUAAAUCACUGCUUCUCAAUUAUAUGCCUUUUGUGUUUUUCAAAGUCCAUUUGUAAUUUUAUUUCACAUUUUAAAAGACUUAGACAUUUUUAUUUUAGAUGUCUUUAGCAGUCUUUGUUAUUGUGACAUAAUCUGAUUUUGUGCUGUUUUAUAAUUUAUCUUUAUUACUCAGAAGCAUGCUUACCUAGAGAAACUACAUGGUCAUUAUAAAAGUAUUUUUUUAAAAAUCAGGAGAGGAAAAGUGUAUGAAAUCUCUUUGAAAUAUUACAUUGCAGAGGGGGAGCUCUUCCUAAAUACUUUCACGAUUUGAGCAAAGAUUCUUUUUACCUUAUUAGCUACCUUUCCAGUGCAGAAGAGACAGUUCCUAUGUUAGCACAAGCGUGGACUGAAUGUUUUGUCGUCUGCAGGGUAGUGACCCGGUGGUAUUUUUUUGCAGAAGUACAAUAUAUUGAGAAUCCUGGGUGUGACCAAUAUGGAAUAAAGAAGAAAGCAGAAAGAGAGCAAAUGAAUAUUACAACUUGUAUAUUUAUUUAUUUUUUACAUUUUGCUUUGACUUCUAAAUUUAGGAAGUACCUUUUUACCUAAGAACAAACAUUUCAGUUCCCAUGUGGGUCUCAGUACUCACUGCUCUUUCCUGACCCCCCAUAGCUCCUUAUGCUGAGAAAGCUGGUUUUUUAAAAAAAAAAAAAAAAAAAAAAAAAUUUAAUCUUAUUAAGUAUUUAAAAUAUGUAAUGCUUUGAAGUAAUGGGUAACAGA